CUGACAGAGGGACCCCCACCACCUGGCCAAGCCACCUAGGGUUUUCGGGGGGCGAUCUGCUCUUUUGGUUGGGGUUGCAGCUCCGGUGAUCUUUCCUCUGUAUCAUUGUAUUGGGAUUUCUUGUUGGAUUUCGAUUUUUGGUAGAGCUUGGUUUCGGCGCGUUUUCGGCCUUCCACUUCAUUUCAGCAAAUGAAUCACUAGGUAUGUUCCCUGGUACAGUGUACUUUAAAGGGAAGUGUUGGGGCACAGGUCCCCAGAAUUUGGGAUAAGGCUGAGUGUUGUUGGGGCACAGGUCCAACUGCUAUUUCAAGGAAUCCAGGCUGCAUUUUUUUGCUGGGUUUUGUUCUGUGGUGAUAUCCUCUCUGCAGCUUGCAUGAGGUCCAUUUUUCCAUCCUUUAUGGUUCAUCAUCCCUGUUGAGGUUUCUGUUUGGAGACAGAGAUGCCAACGAGUGGGAAUCUUAAUCAGAACAUUGGUACUUUGAGUGUGACUCCACAGCAGUCUCUUCGACGCCUGGGAAGUAAAUGUUCUCAAGUAGCAACAGGGCAGCAGUUCUCCCCAGCUGUCUUUCCAGAAAAACGUAGUAAGCUUAAAGCUUUGAGGCGAAGUGAGGCCAUUAUUGUCAAUGGUGAUCCAGAAAACGUGAAGACACAAGAGCACAGGAUUGACAUCGGAGAUGAGAAGUCUGAUUUAUUGGGAAAUGUUGUGUUUUCUGGGAAGAUAGUUUUGGAUAAAAGGAUUACCAACUCAAGUUCUGAUGUGCAAGCAUCCACUGAAAUUACAGAAAAGGAUGUUGUUGACGCGAAACUUACAAGCAAGGCAUUAGUUUGGGGAUCUAAUAUGCUAUUUGUGGAGGAUGUAAUUUCUGUAACAUAUAAUACAGGUGUCAGACAUUUUACUGUACAUUCAUACCCAAUAAGAAAGAGAUCGUAUGGACUUUCUUGUUUUAUGAAGCCUCAGAGAAGUCGAAAGGACUUCCGCUUCCUAGCUUCUAGUUCAGAGGAAGCUCUUCAAUGGGUUAGUGGGUUUGCGGACCAGCAGUGCUUUGUGAAUUGUUUGCCGCAUCCCUUAGUUUCUUCCAAGAAGCGGGCUUCUAACAUGGUUGCAAGUGAUUUUCCUCCUGAAGCAAAUAUCAAAUGUAAAAGACCUCCAAAAGUGCUUGUGAUUCUAAAUCCACGUUCUGGACGUGGUCGUUCUAGUAAAGUUUUCCAUGACAAAGUGGAACCUGUAUUUAAGCUUGCAGGAUUCAAAAUGGAGACAGUCAAAACAACAUAUGCUGGUCAUGCUAGAGAUCUUGCCUCGACUAUUGACUUCGGAGCAUGCCCUGAUGGAAUCAUAUGUGUUGGAGGUGAUGGCAUUGUUAAUGAGGUUCUUAAUGGUCUACUUAGUAGAAGCAACCAGAAAGAAGCAAUUUCAAUUCCGAUUGGAAUCAUUCCUGCUGGUUCUGAUAAUUCACUAGUUUGGACUGUUUUGGGUGUUCGAGAUCCUGUUUCUGCUGCGAUAGCAAUUGUGAAGGGUGGGCUGACAGCCACCGACGUAUUUGCUGUUGAGUGGAUACAGACUGGUACCAUUCACUUUGGGAUGACCGUCUCAUACUAUGGUUUUGUGAGUGAUGUGCUUGAACUCUCUGAGAAAUAUCAGAAGCGAUUUGGUCCACUUCGCUAUUUUGUGGCCGGUUUCCUUAAGUUCUUAUGCUUACCAAAGUACAGCUUUGAAGUGGAAUAUCUUCCUGCAGCAAAAGAGGGAUCCGACCCAGAUGGAAAAGUUUCGGCUGAUCAUGAUACAGUUGAUGUUUCUGAUCUGUACCCAGAUAUUAUGAGGAGAUCAAAUGCUGAAGGGAUUCCCAGAGCAUCCAGUCUAUCAAGUAUUGAUUCACUAAUGACCCCUAGUCGAAUGUCUGGAGACUUGGACACAACUAGCAGCACACAUGCCAGCACUGAACCAUCUGAGUAUGUCCGUGGCCUUGAUCCAAAAUCAAAGCGACUAUCCUCUGGGAGAAGUAAUGCAACUGCAGAACCGGAAGUUCUGCACCCUCAACUUCCUCUGUCAGCAACUCCUAACUGGCCGAGAACAAGGUCAAAGUCUAGGGUAGAUAAAGGAUGGAUAGGAUUGACUGGAACACAUGAUCCCACUCGAUGUUCCUGGGGGAAUCCAUCAGCCAAUGACAAGGAGGAUAUUUCAUCAACAAUGUCUGAUCCUGGACCCAUUUGGGAUACUGAACCAAAGUGGGAUACUGAACCCAACUGGGAUGUAGAGAACUCCAUUGAGCUUCCAGGGCCAUCAAGUGAUGUUGAACGAGGAAUCAAGGAGGACAUCACCCCAAAAUAUGAAGAAAAAUGGGUUCUUAAAAAGGGCCAAUUCCUUGGUGUUUUGGUAUGCAACCAUGCAUGCAAGACUGUUCAGACUGUUCAAGUGGUCGCACCAAAAGCAGAGCAUGAUGAUAAAACCUUGGACUUACUGUUGGUUCAUGGGAGUGGACGUCUGAGGCUAAUGAGAUUUUUCUUGCGGUUGCAGUUAGGUCGACAUCUUUCAUUGCCCUAUGUUGAGUAUGUCAAGGUAAAGGCAGUGAAGAUUAAUCCUGGUAAGAACACACACAAUGGUUGUGGCAUUGAUGGUGAACUUCGGUCAGUCAAUGGACAGGUUGUCUCUUCUUUGCUUCCUGAACAGUGCAGACUUAUUGGUCAUCCCCCAAGCAUUCGCAUAUAAAGGCCCACGCCUGAUUUUUGGAAGAUUUCUCAAGUGUCUAUGUUUGCCAAUAUAUGCUCUGCUUCACUUCUAGCAACAGUACAGUGUGGUAGAAUAUUCAGAGCAUUCACAAGCUGAAGUUAAUCUUUUUUCCAGCCAAUUUGUUCUGUUUCCUAUUGAGCCUUUACCUAGGGGUGUAUAAGGUCCCUAUAAAUUUACAAGCGAUCAUACAGUACUGUUACAAAAAUCUGGAAUAUGUAAGAGACCGAAGGGAAAAUAUAAGUAUGGGGUGAAGUGAGCAGCAAGACAUUUUACUGCUCUGAGCGGACGUGACAUUUAUCGAUUUGAUCUUUAAUAAAGGCCGUCUUUUGUUUGGUGCUGUGAGCUUCAGGUUUGAGCCAUGAUCUCACUGAUGUCAAGACUGUUUUGAAUAAUUCUAAAACUUGAAAGAUAAAGCCAUCAUGAUCUCGCCCAUCGCAGCACAUGUAUGAGAUCAGAGGAAGUCAACUCUGCAACUCAAUCUAAAUAACAACAUAGAAAUAUAAGAAAUUAGAAAAGGUUUUCUCUGCAUGCUUCUUGUAGGAACCUUUCCCAUGCACCUUCUAUUUUUUGGCCAAUUGGACAAGAUGAUUUGGCAUUUUUAUGGUUGGACAGGCAGGAAUCUUCUAGGGAGGCCAGGUGAAAGUUUGAUCGUGCAUUUCUACUGUAUGGCCUACUAUAGUUAGUGUGUGUGUGUGUGUGUGUGUGUGUGUGUGUUGGUGGGGGGUGUUUAAGGUCUCAGUUGCUGAACAUUUUUCUCAGUGUGGGUGUUGUAGUUUAAAUGCCCAGUUGCUGAACAUUUUUCUAAGCAUUAUAAAGAAAUGUGAGCUAUAUUGGCAUGGAGAAGAUAUGCAAAUGUAAGGGCUCAACCCAAGUAUAACCGUGGAUAGAGCUGUUCGGAGGACAAAUACUCGUGUAGUCGACCCCUUUUAGGGCGAUUUUUCCGCAAUGCUGCUCUGACUUGUGUGUUUAUUUUUUCACAUUUUUUUUUUUUUACCAGCUUUUCUUCUCUUAUAUAAAUAUAUAUGUGUGUUUUUUGUCAGAUUCAUAUAACCAACCCUAUUUAGUUGGGAUAUGGUUAUGGUGGUUGUUGAUUGGCAUGGAAUUGUACAGAUGACUAAGGUGAUGGUGUGCACAUGUCUUAUUGAAUUUGGUUGCUUACCUAA